AUGGAAAAUUAAGAUUAAUAGUAGAAUGUGAAAGUAGGAGUAAGAAUUCGACCAUUAAGUUAAAAAGAGAUUAUUGGAAAAGAUUAGAACUUUUUAAAAGCAGAUGGGAACACAGUACUUUUAAUUUAGAAUCUUAGAUUAUUUUGCCUUAAAAUGGUAAACUAUUUACAUUCGAUCAUGUAUUCAAUGAAGACUCAAGUCAAGAUUAAAUAUUUUAAUGGUAAUAUAAUAAAAUAAGAAAUAUUAAGUUGUGUUACUAAUCUGAUUUUGCGUUGUUUUGAUGGAUACAAUAGUACAGUAUUAGCGUAUGGUUAAACAGGUUCUGGGAAAACUUAUACAAUGGGAACAUCUUCGGUAGAUUAAUUUAGAGGUUAAAGAAUUGUAUUAAUUUAAGAUUCAAGUGAAUAUGGAAUAAUUCCAAGAGUGAUAUAAUUUAUAUUUGAAGAAAUAGAAAAAAGAAAAUAAGAAUUGGAUAUUAAUAUUACAUGUUCUUAUGUAGAAUUGUAUAAUGAAUAAAUUAUUGAUUUACUUAAUGAGUCUAUAAUCCAAACGAACAUUCAACCAACAAUAAGAGAAGAGAAGGAUCAUACAAUAUCAAUACAAAAUUUGACAACAAUUCCAGUUACUAAUUCAUAAUAUAUGAUUUAAAUUUUAAAUAGAGGAGGAGCACAUAGGACAACAUCUGCAACAUUAAUGAAUUUAAAUAGUUCAAGAUCUCAUGCUAUUUUUACAAUUUAUUUUGAAAUAAAAAGAGAAUCUGAAGAAGGAUCAUUAAAAGCAAAAUUUCAUUUUGUAGAUUUAGCAGGAAGUGAAAGACUGAAAAAAACAUAAGCAAUAGGUAAAUAAAUGGAAGAAGGAAUAAAUAUAAAUUAAAGUUUAUUAGUUUUAGGAAAUGUUAUUAAUACAUUAAGUGAUUAAAAGAAAUGUGCUCAUGUUCCUUAUAGGGAAAGUAAACUUACAAGGUAUUAUUAAAUUUAAUCUAUUUCAAGAAUUCUUUAAGAUUCAUUAGGUGGAAAUUCAAAUACUUUUAUGAUCGCUUGUAUAUCAUCAGCUGCAAUUAAUUAUGAAGAAACUAUUAAUACUUUAAAAUAUGCUAGUAGAGCAAGAGAGAUUAAAAAUAAUCCAACUAAAAAUAUUGUAAUUUUAUUUUAAUUAUUAAAGGAUCCUCACACAGCUUAGAUUAUGAAUUUGAAAUAAACUAUCAUUAUUUUAAAUGAAUAAAUUAAAUAAUAUUAGUAAUUACUCAUAGAUAACAAUAUAAAUACUGACAAUAUAAAAAUUCAACAAAUUUUAAAUACUGAGCUAAUUUAUUAGAACUAAUAACAAUCAUGUGCAUAACAUUUUGAAUAAAUUAAUAAACUUAAAUAGUAAAACUUUAUAAUUGAUCAAUAACUUUAAAAAUUGUAAAAAGACUUUUUAAUACUUAAGAAAGAACUAAGUGAGAGUGAAAUUGAUUGUUUUAAGGCAAAAAAAUAAAGAGAUUAGGUUUUAAGAUGGUUUUAGGAUUCUAGAAAGUAAUAAUAAGAAAAUAUUUUUAGAUUGUUGAUAUAAAAUAAUAUAUCAACUAAUUUUGUUGAGGAUUAAUAACUAGAUAGUUGUUAUAAUGAAAUAAGUAAUUUUAAAAAAACAAUACAAGAAUAAGAAAAAAAAAUUUAAUUGUUACAAUAAUAGAAUGAUAUUUUGAUAAAGGUAGUUUAGUAUGAUCUAUAUAUUAGUAUAGGAAUCACACAGGGAUUAGAAAUUGCUUUUAAAAUAUUUUAACAAAUAAAAUUAAUUGUUGAAAUUAGAUUAAUCAAAUGAUGAAUAUGAAAUGGAUGAAACAGAGUAUAUUGAGAAUGAUUAAAAAAUUGAGGAGCAUGAAAAGGAUUUAAUUUUAAUUGAUGAACAACAAACAUAAAUUAAAUUAUAAUUACAAAAAGAAAUUAAAUAAGAUUAUUAAAAAUAAAUAGCAAAUCUAGAAUUAGAAAAGUUUAAUUUGUAAAGAUAAAUAGUUAUUAAAUAAGAUUCUGCUUAAAUUAAUAUUUUAAAAUCAAAAAUUUAAGAUUAUGAAACUAAAAUUUCAGAAAUGAAAUAAAAAGAGACAAUUUCAAAAUAAUUAAACAAAAAACUAGAAGAGUAAGAAUCAUAAGUGAAUUAAUUGAAAAAUAACAUUGAGUCUAUGAAAAGAUAAAAAGUAGAUUUAUUAAAAAAAAUGAAAUUGGAAAAUGAAAAAUAUAUAAAAGAAAAAGAUGAAAAACAGAAAGAAUUAAUUAAAGCUAAAAAACUUAAAAUUUAAUAAGAUAACAUUCUUUGCAAAUUAAAAAAUGAUAAUACAAGAAAAGAUUUAUAAUUGAAAAGAAAGGAUGAUGAAUUAUUAAAAUAAAAAAAUGAAAAAAUUGUUAUUAAAUAGCAUAAUAGAUAUAAUACAAAUUAAUUAUCAAUAUAAUAUGAUGCUUUUGAAAAAUAAAUUGAUGAUUUAUUUAAUGAACUUAUGUUAGGAUAUUAAGCAGAAGAUUAAAUUACAUAAGAGUAUUAAAAAUUAGAAGAGAUUUAAGAAGAAUUAAAUUUAAUUUAAUAAAAGAUUUCUAACAUUUAAAUAAAAAUUGAUUAGAUAGAAUUUGAUAUAGCAUAAAGUAAAAAUUAAAUGAAUAAUGAUAUAUUGAAAUAAUAGAGACUAGAAUUAAAUGAUUAUUAAUAAAAGCGAGAAAAUAUAACAGAAACAAUAGAGUUUUAAGUUUAAAAAAUUAAUGAAUACCGAGUAGUGGCUUAGAAAUCAAAUGAAUAAUAUACAAAUAUGUUAACUAAUCAAUAUUUUAAAGAAUUACCAAAUUGGUGUAUAAGAUCUUUUAGAUAUAUAAUAGAUAAUUGGGUUAAAGAUCAUUAUUUGAUAAGUGUAUAUGCAUAAUAGAUAGAAGAUUUAAAUUAAGCAAAUUAAGCAUUAUUAAGUUCAAGACCAAGCUCAAUUAAGAAAUCAGCGAGAUCAAUAACUCCAGCAGAUGAUUUAAAAAGAUAAUUAAAUGAGUAUAGACGUAAAUUACAAGCUUCUUAAAAUACUUAUCGAACAGCUAGUUUAGAAUUAGAUUACUAUAAAAACUUUUAUAAUGAAUAAAUAAAUAAAUAAUAAAAAGAUAGAUCAAUAGGAUUGGGAACUUAAUUAUAACAUUCAAAUUCAAAUUACAUAGUUAGAAAUUAUUAUGGAAAAGAUUAAAAAUAAAUUUAAGAGUCCUAAACAAUUUCAAGAGCAAAAUCAAUAGGUUAAAUGAGUUCUAGUGCAAGAGUAAGGGGUUCUCUUUCUAUGGCUGAUCAUAUGAAUUAUUCAUAAGAUUAUGGAGGUUAUGAGUAAGAAUUAUUAUAAAAAUAUUUUAGAUUAAUAAAAACUUUAUAAGGACAUGAUUCCAAUUUUAUCAUUGUGCAGUAAAGAGAAUAUUUUAUGCUCUGGAUAAUAUAAAUAAGUAAAAGUUUGGGAUAUAGAAACAUCAUAAUUAAUAAGUUCAAUAGAGUAAAGUAGUCAUUGUCGAGCAAUUCAUUAUUGGGAUGAAAGAGAUGCAAUAGCUAUUUCUCAUGGAUCUUAAAUAACAUUAUAUGAUCCUCAAACUUUUGUUUAAAAGGGAUUGUUAAAAUCAACAAUAGAAGAAGUUAAGGCAAUGACAACUAUAAAUGGAUUAUUUGUGGCUGUUGGAAAAUCAAUUAAUUCUAGUGCUUUGAAUGUUUGGGAUCAUAGAUAAAAUAAGUAAAAAAGUAUAUAUUUAUUAUUAGUAUUUUAUAUGAGUUUGAAAGAAGUUCAGAUAUUAUAAGCGUAUAUGGAUCUAAUCGGAAUAAAGAAUUAGUUUAUGGAACAUUAAAACAUUAUACUAAAAGAAUACCUUUCAGCAAUAACAAAUAUGGACAGAUUUAAUAAUUAUAGCCUCCUUAAUUAGAUAAAGUAAUUGGAGUUGCCUCUUUUAGUACUUAUAUUAUUAGUUGGUAUAUAUAAAUAUUUACAAAAAUAAAGUUCGUUAAGUAAGAGAAUGUUGCUUUGGAAUUAAUAAACAGGAUUAGAAAUGUAAACAAAUGAUAGUAUUCAUAAGGAUUUGAUUAUGACAUUAGCAGGUAUAUAAUAAAUAUUAUUAUAAUAGUUGAUGAAUCUCUUAAAUUAAUAUAUACUGGUUCAAAGGAUGGAUAAAUUAAAGGAAUAAAAAUAAAUGAGGAUGGUAAAUUUUAAUUAAUGAAUGAAAUAAAUGCGUCAACAUAACCAGUUAAUGUAUUGCAUGUGAUUUAAAAUAACCAUUAUGUUAUAAGUGGAGGUUAAGAUAAAUAAAUAAAAAUAUGGAAACCUUCUAAAAAUAUAUUAUCAUAAUAGAAUAUCCUAAAAGAGUUUACAAUAGAGGAUAAAAUGUGAUAUAAAUAUGAAUUAUUUUAGUAUAAUUAGG